CUCGAGGGCAGCGAAGUAGUCGGGCAAGCGUGGGUUUAAUGGUGCACGGUUAGGAAAUUUGUCACAGCCGGAUCGUGAAAACUAAGCUAACAUGGCGAAAAAAACUGUGCUGGAUAAGAGUAAUCAAAAUGAAGAUUCUGCGAAAAAUAAUGAUGGCAGUUUGAACGACGACGAGGAGCCAAAUUUCAGCGAUCUUGAGGACUUCGUCGAUGAUGUUUCAGACACGGAACUCCUGGGCGAUUUACUGACCCAAAAACCGUCGGAGACGGAUGGGAUCGACUCUCUCAUCAUCGUCGAUGGCGCCCCUCAGGUUGAGCCUGAGAGGCUGGAGCGAUUCAACCUGGUCGUUCACAAAGUCUUUGGAAAAUUUGGAACCAUUGUCAAUAGAUAUUAUCCGAAGAACGAGAAUGGAAAUACCAAAAGCUACUUCUUCUUGGAAUACAAUGACCCAGUGAACGCUGCAACUGCUGUGAAAUCUACCAACAACUACAAAAUUGACAAGCAACACACCUUCAAAGUGAAUUUGUUCACCGACUUCAAGAAAUACGAGGAUAUUCCUGACGAUUGGGAACCACCAAAACCACAACCUUACAAAGCUGCGAAGGAUUUGCAUUUUUAUCUGUUGGACCCCGAUGCAUACGAUCAGUACUGUGUUUUACACGGAAAUGGUAGCGCUGUCUCUGUACAAAUUUGGAAGAAUUCAGCGCCUGAACCAGAACUCAUGGCAGAACGCAAUCGAUGGACUGAGACCUACGUUAAAUGGUCUCCAUCAGGAACCUACUUAGCUACCUUCCACAAACUCGGUGUAGCUCUCUGGGGAGGUCCUGACUACACCCAACAGGCUCGUUUCAGUCAAAGAGGAGUUGAAUGCAUCGAUUUCUCUCCCUGCGAAAAAUACCUCGUCUCCUUCACCCCCAGGCUAGACGGUUCGCCGGACGCAAAACGUCUCGUCAUCUGGGACAUCCUCACUGGUCAUGAAAAACGAUCGUUCUACCCUGAUGUCUCCUCAGUCUGGCCGAUAUUCAGAUGGUCGCACGACGACAAAUACCUGGCUUGUAUGGGUGAAGAUGUGUUGAGUGUCUACGAAACUCCGUCCUUCGGUCUUCUUGACAAAAAGAGCAUAAAAACCCCGGGGAUCAGAGAUUUCAGUUGGUCCCCAACUGACAAUGUUCUGGCCUAUUGGGUCCCUGAGGACAAGAAUGUCCCGGCUCGUGUGACUCUCCUGGAGAUCCCCAAUAGAAACGAAAUUCGUAACAAGAAUCUGUUCAACGUUGCUGACUGCAAAAUCUUCUGGCAGAAAUCUGGUGAUUAUCUCUGUGUGAAGGUCGAUCGCUUCGCCAAGAAGAAGGAGAAGACAGAGCAGAAGUACACUGGAAUGUCCUACAACUUCGAGAUCUUCCACAUGAGAGAAAAGCAGAUUCCGGUGGACAGUGUGGAAAUGAAGGAACCUAUUCAUGCUUUUGCCUGGGAGCCCGUUGGCUGCAAAUUCGCCAUCAUUCACGGGGAAAUUCCAAGUGUGAACGUCAGUUUCUACGAAGUCAGGUUCGGUCAUCAACCAGCAUUGCUGAAGAAACUGGAGAAAAAGGCCUGUAAUCAUCUGUUCUGGUCCCCUGCUGGACAAUUCAUCGUGCUUGCUGGACUGACGACCAUGGCUGGGGCCCUUGAGUUCAUUGACACAAAUGAUUUCACCAUCAUGAACUCCACCGAUCAUUAUCAGACGUCUGAUGUCGAGUGGGAUCCUACUGGUAGAUACGUUGUAACUGCUGUCUCCAGUUGGAAGACUAAUGUCGACAAUGGAUACUGGAUCUGGACGUUCCAGGGGAGAAUCCUGAAGAGAGUCAAUCUUAAUGCCUUCAAUCAGCUCCUGUGGAGACCAAGACCACCUACUCUUUUAACUCCUGAACAAAUCAAGGAGAUCAAGAAGAACUUGAAGAAAUAUUCGGCACAGUUCGAGAGCAAGGAUCGCAUGAGGUUGACUAGAGCUUCUAAGGAAUUAAUCGAAAAGCGAUGCCAAUUGAUGAAGGAUUUCAAUGAAUUCCGUGACAAGCGUGUCAACGAAUGGAAUGCACAGAAGAAACGUCGCCUUGAACUACGCAGCAAUAUCGACACAGACACCCUAGACUCUGAUACGAAGAACGUCGAGGAGGAGGAAGUAGAAUUUUUCGUGAAAGAAGAGUCAUUUAUCGUUGAUGACAAAUAAAUUCAAAGUGUGAAGAGCGAAAUAAACCCACUCUUGCCCACGAUUAAUCGUGAAUUCUUAUCCAAUUAACUGAUCGUGGGACAUUAGAGGACAUUUUAAUAAAUAAAAAAAACAUCAAGGACAACCAUGAUAAAACAUACACUAAGUUUGGAUAGAAAAUUACUUCAUUUCCAAUGUAUUACUUUAAUAGUUUGGCACAUACGCGUUCAGUCACGUGUAAUGGGCGCUAACUAUAGUAUCUUUAAAUUUUAUCAUGUUCCAUACAGGAUAGUUGAAUAUAUUCAUUAAAUAUACCCAAUUGUCUUGUAUAAUUUUUCAUGUCUCAAUUAAUUAUUCUGUAUUGCACAUUCUGUUCUAAUUAAUUAACUAUUUAUACUCAAUGGAACGGACGAAGGGGAAAUGAAUAAAAAAUGGGGAGCUUCAAAUUGUGA